AAGCACCUCAAUUAAGUUACAGCGACGUCUAAUUAAUGUAUAUACGUAUAGUGUUCGUCAAGCUAGCUAGCAUUACACACUUGUGGUUUAGGGGCACGCUAAUCGUUGGCCGUUGGAUCCGGCUCCCUCAUCGCAUCCAACGCACAGCAUUGCUUGCAUUGCCACCGGAGGAGCACUCUGACAGCGCCCAUCAGCUACCUCAAAACCACACACGAUUCCUGGCCGGAUCCAUGGCAUCGAAGGAAGGCGCAAAUUAAAGGCGACGACGACCUCGCUCGGACCAGACCCCGGAGAGUCAUAUCGGUGAUCGACACUGGUCGACACAAAAACACCAGCGGCACGUCUCGUUAAAAAGGGUUUUCUUGGACUUGUUCCCGAAUCGAAAGCGAGGCAAAACGGGCGAGAGGCACGCGCGCGCGGACGGAACGCCGUCGACUUUGACCGCCGACGAGCUGCUCGCGGCCUGGUUGUUUUUGCUCACAUGCGGCGUCCUCUCACGGCGGUCAAACCUACUCCUUCCGGCCAUGUCGUCCGGACCACACCCAUAUAUCCAGCGACCGGCCCGCCCGGACAAGCCGCCAGUGUACAGAGUUACAGACAGACCUGCCCACCAUUGCGGCGGUAUCCAUCUCGCCAGUAUAGUAGCUCGAUCGAUCGCUUACCGGCCGGUCCGUCGUCGAUCGGUCGAUCGCCGGCGACCUGCUUGAAGUUUUGACAUGGCCAAUGGUGGAGGUGUAGGCUGCCUCCUGGCGCCGUACUUGUGCGCGGCGGCGCUGGUGUCGCGGCGGCGGGCGGCGCGGCUGGUGCUGUGGGGCGGGGAGUCCCGGGCGGCGCGGCACGGGAAGCUGGCGGGGCAGGUGAUGCUGGACUUCGCGGGCACCGUGGUGUGCCGCGCCGACGGCUUCUACCUGGGCCGCCCCGCGCCCGUGCUGGCCAUCGAGGACCGCCUCCUCGCCGGCGGCACCUACCUCGUGCUCCCCGUGGAGCGCCUCCCGCAGGGCUGCGACGCGCUCACCGCGGCGUCCCUGGCCGCGCUCUCCUACGACAGGGCCGGCGGCGGGGGGUCGCCGUCCAUCGCGGGGGGGCCCAAGAGCCCCUUCGAGUACGUCAGGGGCGACGACGGGCGGACCGUCAUCAAGGUCACGCCGGAGUUCCUCAUCGGGGCCGUCACGUCCAAGGCCGGCUCCACCCCCAAAGAGCCCCGCGGCGGCGAGGACGCCGGGGCGCUGUGCAGCACCCCCGAGCUGCGGAAGCACUACGAGCAGCUGGUGGGCGCCGCCAGGGGCCGCGCGUGGUCGCCGCGGCUGGACACCAUCAAGGAGCGCAAGGGCAGGAUCAGGGGCUUGGGCGCGGUGAGCCCCGGGAGGCUAUCGCCGGUCGCCGUCAGGCUCCUGGGCCUCGACGCCAGCAAGGGGGAAAGAUAGCAGCGAGCGCGCGCGGCGAGGCAGCCAGCAGGUGCAAGCUAAA